CAGCCUCAGUGGUCUUCAUGCAUGCUUGUGUAUUGUUCUUCUCAUGCAGAAGAAGGUUGAACGAUGGUGUGUGUUGCAUAAUGAGCUCAACCUGCCGGAGAGCUUUUUCUUGCCUUUUUUGGUCACAAAAGAUGUUUGCUUUUUUUUUACAUCUUGCAUGUGAAUGUAUGAGGAGACUGGCUGAUAUUUAAGUUCUGCUAAAAAUUCUCAGAUGACUAAAACGUGACGCUCGCAGUAUCAUUAUGGGAGAUAUUAAAGAUCCUGGAUUCAUAAUUCUAAUCAGCGUCUACGGUGUUACAGUUUUCUUCAUGGCUGUACUUGGAUUCCUCUGCUUUCACAAAUAUCGGUCAAUGAAGAAGACCAUACGAGACCUGAAGCAGGGGAGGCCGACUGUGAUCCCUCGAGCUUCUUCUCAUGAUUCUUCACCUCCGUCACCCAAUGUCCUGACUCUUCCUGAAGCACCAGAGCCAAUCACAGAGAGCCCGUUGCACAGACAACAAACCAAAUCCAGCUGCAAGUUUCCCUGGAAGUCUUCACAACAGGUUCCCCGGUUCACAAAAGAAGACCUGAACCUUAUUCAGCUCAUAAAAGCUGGCAGAGAAGGAGUUUUUUACAAAGCGAGGAUAAUAAGAGGCACUAGCAGAGGCCACUCGCUGAUCACGUGCAAAAUUGGAAAAGAAGGUAUGACGUCUAAGCAGAUGGAACAUGAGGCGUCUAUUAUGAGAAAGCUGGCGUAUCAUAAAAAUGUGAUGCAGCUGCUGGACUGGAAUACGGCGGAGGAGCCAUAUUUGUUGAUCAUGGAGUUCAUGAGCUACGGGACCCUUCGCACUUUUGUUCAGAAACACAAAGAUGAACUGAGUGCAGACCCUGAAUUGCAGCGUCAUUUCACCAUUGCGUCCUACCACAUCGCCAUGGGCAUGGAGCACUUGCGCUCCAAAAUGGUGGUGCACUGUGACCUUGCCUUAAGGAACAUUUUGGUGGGUCGGUUUCCAUGGGAGACGAAGGUGGCAGAGUUCGGCUUAGCUAGAGACUUGACCCGCAUGAGGAGCAGACGCAGCAGUAGGAAAAAACAACACAAGGAGCGUGUGCCCCUGCGCUGGUACCCUCCAGAAUACUUUCGGUGCAGCUACUACAGCUUUAAAGGAGACGUCUGGGCUUAUGGUAUUGUGCUGUGGGAAAUGCAGAUGUUUGGCACUUUGCCAUACUCCAAUUUAAGCACGUCUGAGGAAGUGGUGUACAGUAUCUGUGCUGGACAAAAGAACCCAAUCCCCAGAACCUGCCGUCCUGAAAUGGAACAGAUCAUACGGGACUGCUGGUUGGAUCCAUACACAUCUCGACCUUCAUUUACAGACAUUGUCAAGAUCCUGGAGAAUAUUGUGGAGAGUGAUGGGGAUUACGUGCACAUCGACAAUCAAAUGAUCUUGAAUGCGGAAGGGAUUAAUUAAGCAAAACAACACAUCGCUCUGAACAUCAAAUGAUGUUUUUCAACUCUACAAGGAUUUUAAACCAACUGAUGUACGGUAUUAUCGAUCUUAACGGAAAUCUUAUUAAUUGUGUGCAGGCAAACUUUGUUUAACAAUGUUUGCAGUUAAGAAUUUAAUUGUAUGUAACUCUAAUAGCCAAAAGGCAAUAUUAUUGACAUGAGUCAUUUUAUAAAU